AUGAGAUCCUCUGAGCCCUACGACCAGCCUCGCGCGAUGGGCGAAAAGGGCUUCCAUGGGAGCAUGUCAUCCAAGCAGGAGGGGCUUUCCAAUGCGGACACCAUGAAUCCAUACGUCAACGAGCCUGGCAAGAGCCAAAAGGGCGAAGGCGAGACGGACACUGCAAAGGUCAAGGGUACUGUGAGCACUGAUCGUCCGCAGGUAUAG